GCGGGGCCUCUCCAGGCCGGAUGGAGCGCGCGGGCGCCGCGACCCGCCAGUGCAACAUGCCGGACUUCCUGGUGGCUCUUCAGACUAAGUACAGAGCCGAGGGUACCCGGGCGCGGGUGGACGAGCACGACCUAAGGCUGUGGGGUCUGACAGGGAUUCAGCUACGCUCUUAUCAACUGGAGGGAGUCAACUGGCUAGCCCAGCGCUUCCAUUGUCAGAAUGGCUGCAUCUUGGGAGAUGAGAUGGGCCUGGGUAAGACCUGCCAGACUAUCGCUCUAUUCAUUUACUUGGCCGGAAGAUUAAAUGAUGAAGGACCAUUUCUGAUUCUUUGUCCCUUGUCUGUUUUGGGAAACUGGAAAGAAGAGAUGGAGAGAUUUGCUCCAGGUCUUCCCUGUGCAGUAUAUGCAGGUGACAAGGAAGAGAGAACCCACCUACAACAAGACCUAAAACAAGAGUCAUGUUUCCAUGUGCUGCUCACUACCUAUGAGAUUUGCUUGAAAGAUGCGUCAUUUCUAAAAUCCUUCCCUUGGAGUGUUCUUGUCGUGGAUGAAGCCCACAGGUUGAAAAACCAAAGCUCCCUGCUGCAUAAGACACUGUCAGAGUUCUCAGUAGUCUUCACUCUCCUGUUGACUGGAACUCCGAUCCAGAACAGCCUCCAAGAGCUCUACUCCCUCCUCAGUUUUGUGGAGCCUGAUAUUUUUUCCAAGGAGCAGGUGGAAGAUUUUGUUCAGCGUUACCAGGAUAUUGAGAAACAAUCUGAGUCAGCAAGUGAACUGCACAAACUCUUGCAGCCAUUUCUGCUGAGGCGAGUGAAAGCUGACGUAGCUACAGAGCUUCCCAAGAAAACAGAAGUAGUGAUAUACCACAGCAUGUCAGCACUGCAGAAAAACUACUACAAGGCCAUUUUGAUGAAAGACCUAGAUGCAUUUGAAAAUGAAAUGGCAAAGAAAGUUAAACUUCAGAACGUCUUGUCCCAGCUUCGAAAGUGUGUGGAUCAUCCGUAUUUGUUUGAUGGUGUAGAGCCAGAGCCUUUUGAAAUUGGAGAUCACCUGAUUGAGGCCAGUGGGAAACUUCACCUGCUCGACAAGCUGCUGGCAUUCCUGUACUCAAGGGGCCAUAGAGUUUUACUUUUCUCUCAAAUGACCCAGAUGUUGGAUAUUCUCCAGGACUACAUGGAUUACAGAGGCUACAGCUAUGAGCGUGUGGAUGGUUCCGUGAGAGGAGAAGAGAGACACCUGGCUAUUAAGAACUUUGGACAACAGCCCAUUUUUGUUUUUCUCCUGAGUACCAGGGCAGGUGGAGUUGGCAUGAAUUUAACUGCAGCGGAUACUGUGAUUUUUUUUGACAGCGAUUUUAAUCCUCAGAAUGACCUGCAAGCAGCUGCCAGGGCUCACCGAAUUGGCCAGAACAAGUCCGUUAAAGUUAUCCGGCUGAUUGCCCGGGACACUGUGGAAGAAAUAGUCUGCAGGAAAGCAGCCUCCAAACUGCAGCUCACCAACAUGAUCAUAGAAGGAGGCCAUUUUACUCUGGGAGCCCAGAGACCUUCAGACAAUGCUGACCUCCAGUUGAGUGAGAUUCUGAAAUUUGGUUUGGAUAAGCUGCUGUCUUCUGAGGGGAGCACCAUGGAUGAAAUAGACCUGGAGUCCAUCCUGGGAGAAACAAGAGACGGCCAGUGGAUCUCUGACUCCUUACCUACAGCAGAAGAAGGAAGCAGGGAGCAAGAAGAAGGAAAAAACCAUAUGUACUUAUUUGAAGGUAAAGAUUAUUCUAAAGAGCCUAGUAAGGAAGACAGAAAAUCGUUUGAGCAACUGGUGAAUCUUCAGAAAACCCUUUUGGAGAAAACUAGUCAAGAGGGCCGGUCACUCCGAAAUAAAGGCAAUACUCUCAUCCCAGGCCUGGUGGAGGGCUCUACCAAAAGGAAGCAGAUCCUGAGCCCAGAAGAGCUAGAGGACAGAAGGAGGAAGAGACAAGAGGCAGCAGCCAAGAGGAAGAGACUAAUAGAGGAAAAGAAGAAGGAAAAGGAAGAAGCUGAACAUAAGAAAAAGAUGGCCUGGUGGGAGUCCAACAAUUAUCAGUCAUUCUGCCUGCCUCUCGAGGACAGCGAGCCAGAGGGCCCCGAGGAUGGGGAAGAUGUGAGCUCUGCUGAACUGGAUUGCCAAGACCCGGACCUGACCUCCAUCAAGUACAUUAGUGGUGAUGUCACCCACCCCCAUGCCGGGGCUGAGGAUGCACUCAUCGUUCACUGCGUAGAUGAUUCUGGCCGAUGGGGCAGAGGUGGCUUAUUCACAGCUCUGGAAACACGAUCAGCAGAGCCAAGAAAAAUAUAUGAGCUGGCUGGGAAAAUGAAAGACUUGAGUUUGGGAGGUGUCCUUUUAUUUCCUAUCGAUGAUAAAGAGUCAAGAAACAAAGGGCAAGAUUUGUUGGCCUUGAUUGUGGCUCAGCACCGUGAUCGCACCAAUGUCCUGUCUGGCAUUAAGAUGGCAGCCCUAGAAGAGGGCCUGAAGAAGAUAUUUUUAGCAGCAAAGAAAAAGAAAGCAAGUGUCCACCUUCCACGCAUUGGACAUGCCACGAAAGGUUUUAACUGGUAUGGUACUGAGCGACUUAUUCGGAAACAUUUGGCUGCAAAAGGCAUCCCAACUUACAUAUACUACUUUCCAAGAAGCAAGGCUGCUGUCCAUCAUUCACAAUAUACAUCUUCUUCUUCUUCAAGAUAGAUGGUGCAUUAUUGGCCCAGCAUCAGAUCCAGACUUCAGCAACCAAAUAAUGAGAUGACUUGUCCAGAGUUAUUGUACUAGAGUACUUCAAAAAGGAAUUGGGAUUUGAUUAGGCCUCUGAGAUACUCUGUUUUCUGAAUUUGAAUUUUAUUGUCUUGGAUGUGUUACUUUGAUUUUAUACCUGUAAUACAGGGAUGCAUGACUUAUUUGGGAAAUCCUUCUGGCAGCUUGCCAGGACCCCAACUUGUAUAAUAGGCUUAAUAAAAUUUCCAUCUCCAACAGUUCCGUUGCCUCAAACCUUGAUCUAAUUUUCUUCCCAUCAACCGGACUGCUUUCUUUACAGAGGAAAAGGCUGUAUGGACAAAGAGAAAACAAAAGGUAACAGGAGAACUGGGUGGCUCUGGGAGAGGGAAGUACUUUCCACCUAUUCAAGCUUUGGGAAAGACAGGACUCAGAGGGGCAGAGGCUGAGAAGUGAGAUUCUUGAUCCAGGCUAAUGGAUCCCCUUUCUUGCCCCUUUUUUUCCUACUUCUCAGCAUCAAGAUCUGGAAGAAAACACAUUGGCCCCAACGUCUGUCAUGUAACUUCAGAAAAACCAGAGGCUCUCCUUUUCACUACCCACCAAACCCAAUUCAGCUUCAAGAAAUGAGGGAAUUAUGAAAAUGUCACAAAACCAGCCCAGAAAGAGUAGUGGUAUUAUUGGUGAGGGCAUGGAGCCAGGAACCACCAGAGAAAGAGUCAAGGGGGAAGACUGAAUAGCUUGUAGCUUUUCAUGAGUCUGUGCAUGAAGUCUCAGUCUUGGCUGACUGUCCUCAAAUGGCCUGGUUUCUGUUGCUUUGAGGCCUUCAACACCCAGAGUGCUGCAGAGGACUCUUCAGAAGCCUUAGCCCUUUGCCCUUGAUUCAGGGAACCCUGGGUGUUGGGGGACUCAAAGCCAGGACCAUGACCUUCUAAGGAAGGUGGUGCCUUUAGCACUUGGGUUGUACUGUUCUAUUUGACUCACCCCACACCUUUACUCUUCAACAAUUUAGCAUCUCUGCUGAAGACCUAUUAGGCCCUAAAUUCAUGGUUCCUUAACUUUUUUUCCCGUAAAGAUUUUGCAUCUAUUUUCACUGCUUCCUAUCUACUACUCUUACCCUUAACACUAUCUACUUAGGUUAUUAGUUUUAAUUUCCUGACUAGUAUCUUUGUCUUAAGGCUCUCCUACAAGUAGAGGCAGAAUGAGAACUCUGAAAAGGGAGAAUGUAGUGAAACCUAAUCUAAGGCACAGGUAAGUUGCCGUCCCUUCAGAAGCAGCCAAAGUACAAAUGGGUGGGAUAUUAGCAAAGUGCAGUGAAAAGUUGAUUGCUCACUGUGCAAAAGCUGUGUGCCCUCCUUUAAAGAUGCACUCACUUCUGAAAGCAGAGUGCAUAGGGCUAGCUGUGGAUGUUUCUGAACACCUAAGAAAAGCAGCAGUCAGGGGACCUGUAUUGGUAAUCUAGUGCUGCUAUAACAGAAAUACCACAAAGUAUUCUGUCAUAGUCCAGUAGGCUAGAAGUCCCAAUUCAGGACGUCGGCUCCAAGGGAAGGCUUUCUCUCCCUGUUGGCUCUGGAGGGAGGUUCUUAUGAUACAUCAGUCUUCCCUUGGUCUGGGAGCCUCUCGGCGCAGGAACCUCAGGUCCAAAGGAUGCACUCUGCUCCUGACGCUGCUUUCUUGGUGGUACAAGGUCCCCAUGUCUCUCUGCUUGCAUCUCUUUUAUAUCUGAAAAGAGAUUGGCUUAAGACACUAUCUAAUCUUGUAGAUCUCAUCAAUGUACCUGCCACUAAUCCAUCUUAUUACAUCAAAGUGAUAGGAUUUACAACACAUAGGGAAAUCACAUCAGAUGACAGAAUGGUAGACAAUCAUACAAUACUGGGAAUCAUGACCCUGCCAAGUUGACAUAUAUUUUUGGGGGACACAAUUCCACCUGUGACAGGACCUCACUCCCAAAAGGGGCAUAACUGACCUUUUCAGUGGUAUGGUUGUUGUUUGGGGAGAGAGGGGCUUCGUUUUCACCCUUCACUCUGUCUACCAUGCUCCAGGCACCUGUGCUUUUCCUCUGGAGGGGGACCCUGGGGCAUGAAACUGUCUUCCUGGAAGCUGGGCAGGACAACACAAAAGGACAUCAGGAAACCUGUGUAGCACAUUUACCCUUAAAUAGGGGGUCUCCUCUCAGAGGCAGCCUCCUACUUUGCCUAUCCACCUCUUUUAGCUCUUCAGAGUAAAAAAUCCUGCCCUACUACAUCUCCAUAAAUCUUUCUUAUCUUUUAUAAUCCCUUUACUCUUGCCAUCAAAGGGAUGUCAUUCUCUGGGAAGGAAGAAUGAGAGACGUUACCUACCUACACUCUUUACCCCAAGGGUUUUGUUCCAUUUUGUCCACAUCAAAGGCAUAUCUUUGAUGCCAGCGUGCCCUCUACUCAGAGGAGGGUAAGAAAGUAGGGUCAAGAGGACAAUAAAAGAUUUUAUUCACUGAAAGAGCUUUUGUGGGACAGUUCAUGCUGUAAUCAUCAGUAUAACAAGAUUCUUGCUUAUUGAGACAGUGAGGAUCUUAAGUCUAUUGAGGUUUUUCUAUAUGUAAAACCUCAUAUUUUCUUGAUUUUUAAUAAACUUUAUUUGCCUUGUAGCAAGCCUAAAACUUCUCUUUUAUUUGCUCUAUCAAUCUAACCUACAUGCUUUCAAGUUAGUUAAACCUCUUCAAGUGUAGCUUGAGUCAGCUAUUUUAAAAACCAAAACAAUCUCCAGGCCAAAAUUUUUCUGUGUUUUACUGUCUACUAAAAGUUAAAUAUAAAUUCCAACCAAACACUUCUAGGGACACAGUAGCAGGGGUGGGGUUCUGGGGACCAUAGUUUCAGGGGACAUCUAGGUCAAUUGGCAUAACAAAGUGUAUUAAGAAAACGUUCUGUGUCCCACUUUGGUGGGUGGUGUCUGGGGUCUUAACAGCUAGCAAGUGGCCAUCUAAGAUGCGUCAGUUGGUCUGAAUCCACCUGGAGCAAGGGAGAAUGAAGAACACCAAAGACAUGGAAAAUAUGAACCCAAGAGACAGAAAGGGCCGCAUAAACCAGAGACUCCAUCAGCCUGAGACUGGAAGAACUAAAUGGUGCCUGGCUACCACCAAUAACUUCCCUGACAGGGAACACAACAGAGAAUUCUUAAUGGAGCAGGAGAAAAGUAGGAUGCAGACCUCAAAUUCUAGUAAAAAGACCAGACUUAAAUGGUCUGACCGAGACUGGAGGGACCCCAGAGGUCAUGGUUCCUGGUCUCUGUUAGGCCAAAACCAAAACCAUUCCUGAGGCCAACUCUUCAUACAAAGAUUAGAUUGGACUAUGAGACAUAAAAUGAUACUUGUAAGGAGUGUGCUUCUUAGCUCAAAUAGACACAUGAGACUGUGGGCAGCUCCUGCCUAAAAGCAAGAUGAGAAGGCAGAGGGGGACAGGAGCUGGUUGAAUGGACACGGAAAAUACAGGGUGGAGAGGAGGAGAGUGCUGUCACAUUACAGGUUGAGCAACUAGGUUCAUAAAACAAUGUGUGUAUAAGUUUUUGUAUGAGAAACUGACUUGAAUCGUAAACUUUCACUUAAAACAAAAAAAAAGUGACGUAUAAAUUCACUCUAGCAUUACUCCUUCCACCAUAAUAUUGCCCUAAUUUACAUCCUUGUUUCCCAAAAGACAUUCUUCAGUUUCUCACUUGGGCCUUUCUUUGCUCACGCUGGUCCCUCUGCCUGGGCUGCCUUACUCUUCUCAACCCUCUCCCCUACCUAUACCUCCCCCUUGUCACCUAUCAAAUAUGGUCUUCUUUAAGAGUCCAAGAAAGGCAUUUCCUACAUUCUCACAAAAAUAUAAUUGGGUUCAUUGCACUUAUUUUGUUGUACUUUAUAUUAUACUCAUUAGUGUAUUAACCCUUGUCUUAAUACUAAGGCCUUCGAGAAAGAGAUUAUUUCUCAUUUACUUUUCAUAUCACAAAUUAAUUAGUAGGCACUCAUAUCGAAUUGAAAUGGUAUGGGAAUAACUGACUAGCAAUUUAUGAAAAGCAUUAGACUUCCACUACACGUGGUAAUAAAACUCCAGAUGGCUUAAAUAUUUAAAUAUAAACAAGAAUGCAGAAAGAAAUGUCAUUUGCAUGAUAUCUGUCAUGGAUUGAAUUGUGUCCCCCCAAAAUGUCUGUCAAUUUGGACAGGUCAUGAUUCCCAGUAUUGUAUGAUUGUCUACCAUUUUAUCAUCUGAUGUGAUUUCCCUAUGUGUUGUAAAUCCUAUCGCUAUGAUGUAAUAAGAUGAAUUAGUGGCAGUUAUGUUGAUGAGAUCUACAAGAUUAUGUCUUAAGCCAAACUCCUUUGAGAUAUAAAAGAGAGAAGUGAGCAGAGAGACAUGGGGACCUCAUACCACCAAGAAAGCAGUGCUGGGCGCAGAGCAUGUCCUUUGGACCUGAGGUUUCUGCACCGAGAUGCUCCCAGACCAAGGGAAGACUGAUGCACCACAAGGACCCUCCCCUAGAACCGACAGAGAGAAAGCCUUUCCCUGGAGCCAGCACCCUGAAUUAGGACUUCCAGCCUACUAGACUGUGAGAGAAUAAACUUCUACCUUAUAACUAGUAGCAUUUCUUCUCAAAUGCAAGAAUUUGAGAAGAAAUGCUACUAGUUAUAAGGUAGUGUUGAACUGAGAUUUCAUUUCAGGAAACGAAGAUUGUUUAAAAAUCUAGGACUUUCGACAGCCAGAAAAUGAGUAGCCAUUUCUCUAUACCCCUGAAGUUCUACUCUGAGGCAGUCCCAUAUCUCUGCCUAUCCUUCUCUUCCCUUCUGCUAACAAAAAGUCCAGUUCCUCCAUCUCUGCUUUGAACUCUAUACCCUCCAGCCUCCUCAGCAAUGUUAUUCUAUCAGUUACUCCUUCACAUCUGUAUGUAUCUUUUUUCUUUAAAUUGUAACCUUCCCAUUGACUUAUAAACAAGAUCAAUUCUCUUCCAUUAAAAAAAAAAAAAAAACAAAACCUAAUUCCCUGCCUUGUGACAGCUAAACCUCAAAAUAGUUGUUAGUAAUCACUAUUUUCAUUUCUUCACCUCCCACUUAUUCCUUAAUCCACUCCAUUCUGACUUUCUGCACUUUCUCUACCGAGAGAGUUCAUAUUCUGAAUACCAAUGUCCUCCAAGUCACCAAAUCCAUAGGACAUUUCUUAGCUCUCAUCUUGAUCUCUCAGCAGCGUUCAACACUAUCAACCACUUCCCACUUCUUGAAACAAUCUUGCCUUGGUGUCUGUGACAAGAUACUUUUCUAUGACAAUCUAGUCUCCAGGAAUUAUAUUCUAUGGUCUUUGUAUAGUCUUUCUCCCCCACCCCCAACCCUGGUGGUGCAGUGGGUAAGCAUUUGGCUGCUAACCAAAAGGUCAGCAGUUCAAAUUCACCAGCUGCUCCUUGGAAACCCUGUGGGGCAGUUCAACUCUGACCUAUAGGGUCACUAUGAGCCAGAAUUGACUUGAAAGCAAGGGGUUUGCUUUUUUGUUUUUUAAAAUUGAAUCUGAUUAAAUUCCUUCUCAUUCUCCCAAACAAAAUAAAUACAUCCAUUCAUUUAUGCAAGCCCACGGUGUAAGAGUAAGCUUUAAUAUUUCUCUCACUCUCCAUAAAUUAAGUUUAUCUUCAAGCUCUAGCAAUUUUACCUUCUAAAUAUCUCUUGAACUCAUCUACUUUUCUCCAUCUUCGCCAUCAUCUUGGUGUAGUCCACCAUUAUAUUUCACCUGAACAACCAUGAGAGCCUCCUCUUUCCCUGUGUUGACCCUAGUUUCCCUCAAAACCUGUCCUUUAGAUUGCAACCAGAGUAGGCUUUUAAAAAUAAAGUCUGUUUAUGAAAACUUCAGUGACUCCUCAUUGCUCUUAAGAUCAAGACCAAAAUUCUUAAUGUGACUUUUAUUUUCUGCAUCUGUCAACUGCCAAGUUCCAAACACUGUGGUCUGAAAAUAGAAAGCACACUCUAGUUCCUGGCAGGAUGUCAAAUUGGCAUGGGCUCUUUCCUCCAAAAUCAACCCUGGAAAAAGUAAAAAUGGAAGCAUGGAAACCAGGAAAUAAUCACACAAACAUGAAAAACCCCUGGGGAAAUUAAAAGUGUUUUAAACUGGUAGGCGGGGGAAGUUGGUGGCUGGAGUGGCUGUGGGGAAUUGGUUGAGAAGAGCCUUUCUAAUCAUGCUUCUUCCCUACUUUCCCUUAGAUCCAUUACUGCCUGCCACCUCCCUGCAGAGAUUGGAGGCAAUAGCCCAGAUAGCUCAAGGGGGUAAAAUCAGGGCUAUAACAGGAAAAAGAAUCUACAGUAAGUACAAUAGAUACACUAAAAAUAUACUAAUGGUAAAUAUUGAUAUGAAGCUUGAAUUAUUUAAAAAAAAAAAAUAAUAAGUUCAACACUCCAAAAUACUUCCUAGAACUAAAAACAUGUUAUAUUGAACUAAAAAAUAUUACAAUAAAUGAAUUUUAGUCCAUGGGAGAAGGACCUGGUGAUCUGCUCCUGGAAAGAUUACAGCACAGAAAAUCAUGUGGGGAAGUUCUGCUGUAUCACUAUGAGUGGAAAGUUGACAGAACCUAAGAAAAGCAAGAACAAGAUAGGAUGGGACUAUAGGAUAAGAUGACCUGUAAGAUCAAGUGGAAGAAAUAUCGCAAAGCUCAGAUGAAAACUACUAAAAGAUGGCAUCAUGAAAGGAAAAAAAAAAAAAAAAAAAUGAAUUGGAGAUAGCUCCAGGAAGCCUAAUAUGCAGAUAAUGAGUUCCAGAAAGAGAAAUAGGAAUGGAAGGCAAAGCAUCACUAAGUGAUGAUAGGGCAGAAUAUCCUGGGCUGAAUAAUGUGUUGAUUGUGUAAGUUUAAAUUGCUCCCUGAGACGUGGCUGAUUUAAAGGAUACUACUAGGCAUAUUAUAGUCAAAUUCUUGAAUGCCAGGGAUAAAGACAAAUCUUAUUUAAAAAUCAAAGAGGAAAAUCAAGUUAUUCUCACUGUAAAAAGAAUGAGACUUGUAUCAGACAUUUCAUCUGCACCACUGGAAGCUAGAGGGUAGUGUAAUAGCAUUGGCAGACAACGAGGACUGUGACCUAAAAUCUGAAACCCAGCCAAGAUACCAUUUACUUAGCAGGGUGAAAGACAUACACAGAAUUCAAAGAUCACAUCACCACAUAACAUUUAAUGAAAAUACUUGAGGAAGAGCACUAAAUUAAAGAGUAAAUGAAUAAAACAGAGACUUCAUGAUAGGGUAUGACGAAGAUAAAGGGGGGAAAAAAAGAGAAGCGGAGCCAACAUGGCACUAUGGACAGAAGCACCAUGCCAUUUCUCCACAGCAAAGACUUGAAAAACUAAGUAAAACAGAGACAAAUGUCAAUCCUAGAACCUUAAGCAUCAAAUGAAGAGAUAAAGAACUCAGCAAAGCACCAAAUGGAAUUAAGAAACUGACAGAAAAGAGAGAGCAAGGAGAGAUACGUGCAGAGGUCCCGUAUUAGCUAAUGCAGCACAGAUUCACCAUCUUGGACUCCUGUCAGAGAUCAGCAGACAGGGAGUACAGGAAGCAUCUUCAUGGAGCUCCUAGCAGGAGACAGAGCACCCGGUAACCAGCAGUAUAUGCUUUCCUACCCUUCAUCCUUCUCCUCCCUGCUCUACCUCUGCUGCUUCCUAGCUGGCUGUGUAGCUUGGCAAGCUGGGAAGUGCAGAGUCUGCUGCUUGGACUCACCCCGCCCACAUCGGAGUUCAGCAGACAGGGAGUAUGGGAAAGCAGCUUCAUGGAGCUCCCAGCAGAAGACGGAGCACCCGCUGGACUUGCCCUACUGCAUCAUAGCUGAGUGACUGGCCAAAGAGAUGAAAAGUAUUGUGCCCACAGAUGAGCAAACAACGAAGAAUGCACAGCCCAUCUACUCAGACAUAACCAAAUAAAACAAAAAAGCGGGAUGAAACCAACAAAUCUACAAUCAAUAAAUGAAGAAAAUCACUACUGAAUGUCCUAAAGACAGCAGACAAUAUCAAAACACAUUAAAAAAAAAAAAAAAAAAAAG